UUCAGCAUCAAGCAAACUCUCUCUCUCCUAAUCUGCAAUCUUCUCUCUUCUCCCUCUUUAUAUAAUUUUCAAUUUUCUUUUAAUUUUUUAUUUGUUUAAAGUGUGAACAACUUUAAUUCAGACAAAGGGGGUUUUGAAGAUCAAAUGUUGCAGAGACAGGUGAGAAGAUCUUCAUUGAGAGAAUCAAUCAAAGCCCUUGAAGCUGAUGUUCAUCAUGCCAACAAUUUGGUAGCUGCCCUGCCCAGAGAAAUAGGUGGUGGUGAUUCCAUUCAAAUGAAACUAUCUUUCGGCCCGUUUACUCCGUUCCUUCUUUUCAUCUGUGAAUGGGUUGACUUUUCCUGUUUCGAAGCCUUCCUCGGUUUUUUAGGCCUUUUUCACAUCCUAAUAUACAGGGUAUACGUUGAUGGAAUGCCGAUAGUAAGCCAAGAAGAAAGGAAAGCCUCUCUUCGAGAAUUCUACGCUGUCAUAUAUCCUAUGUUGAAGCAACUCGAAGGGAAUCUUGCGGGGUUAAUGGAGGACAACCUUAAAAGAAACCAAGAAUCCGAGGUUGAGAAGAACAAGAAUCUUUGUGCGGAUUACGAAAGAGACGACGAAUGCGGUAUAUGUAUGGAGAUGGAUUGCAAGGUUGUAUUGCCUAUUUGUGGACACUCAAUGUGCAUCAGCUGCUUCAAUAACUGGUAUGUUCGAUCACAAUCGUGCCCUUUUUGUCGAGGGAGCUUAAAGAGAGUGGCGUCGGGAGAUUUGUGGGUACUGACGGGCGAAUCGGAUGUGGUGGACCCCACGACUCUUGCUAAAGAGAAUCUACGAAGAUUCUACUUAUAUAUCGAUAAGUUGCCGGUUUUAGUAUCGGAAGAGAACUUGCUCAUGUACAAUUAUAUGAUGUGAGUUUUUUUUUACUAAAUUAAUGAUCACCACAGAGUGGGUGGUGUUGUAAAUAUUUCCAUCAUAUAUUAUACAAGAAAAAAGUGUAAAUUUGUUACCAAAAUUAGAGGCUAAUCAACCAAGAAAGUGUAUAUAAAAAGGAGGUUUGUAAAUGUAUUAUUAUUUAUUUAUUUUAUUCUUAUUUUAUGUAUAUAAAAGUUUACUUUGAAGUAUUUAAUAU